GUUUGGGGAUAUUCGUUGGAGCAGGACGUCGUAAGAGCUGCCACUGAAGGCCACCGAGGCAGCAAAUCAACAUGAUAGUGAGAAAUGUAGCUAUUCGCCACGGCCGGGCCGCGGUCGCCGCAGCAUCAAGGCAAUGCCUUUGCGGCUUAUCAACCUCGUCCACUUCGUUUCCCCCCUCGGCACCACCUCCGCCGCCGCUCAACAAUGCCGCCCCCACACCCAAGCCAUCCACAGCCCCGGCAGCGGUCCCCCGCGUGCGCGACCCGAAGCUGCAGGCUCGGUUCGGCAAGGCCAAGUCCAAGCGGGAGCCGGACCGGACGGCGUUCGACUACGACGCGACGCAGAGGUGGAAGCGCAAGAUGGAGAACGUCGGGUCCCUGGUGACGCGCAAGUACGUGCCGGGCGACCUCCUCAAGGACCCCCCGCGGCCCAAGGACGUGACGCUUGAGCUGCUCAUGGCGUCGCAGUGCCACAUGGGCCACCACAAGAGCCUGUGGAACCCGGCCAACGCGCGCUACAUCUACGGCGUGCGCCAGGACAUACACGUCAUCAGCCUCGAGCAGACGGCGGCGCACCUGCGGCGCGCGGCGCGCGUCGUUGAGGAGGUGGCCUACCACGGCGGCCUCAUCCUCUUCGCCGGCACGCGCGCGGGCCACCUCGACAUCGUGGUGCGCGCCGCCGAGCUCGGCGGCGGCUGCCACCUCUUCACCAAGUGGGUGCCCGGCGCCAUCACGAACCGCGACGUGAUCCUCGAGGGCGCCGGCAUCAAGAUCGUCAACGAGCUCGACAAGCCGCUCGACGGCUUCGAGGAGCACCUGCGCGACCGCCGCCCGCUGGCCCCGGACCUGGUCGUCUGCAUGAACCCGCACGACAACUACACGCUCCUGCACGAGUGCGUCACGGCCCAGAUCCCGACCAUCGGCGUCAUCGACACGGAUGCGGACCCCACCAAGGUCACGUACCCCAUUCCGGCCAACGAUGACAGUCUGCGGAGCAUAGCCGUCAUUUGCGGUGUCCUCGGCAGGGCCGCAGAGCAGGGCCAGAAGCGCAGGCUAGAGGCCGCCGCGACCGGCAUCGUCGCGUGGGAGAACCCGACCGACGUCGCGAAAUUCUUGAGAAAGGAGGCUGCUGCGGCCGAAGAUGCGGCGAAGGAGGAGGUUGCCAGCGAUCAGCAGGUCGAGGCCGAGCUGCUCGCCGCCGAGGAGAUCAAGCGGCUGAUAUUAUAGACGGCCGGCGGUGUAGCGCAUCUCAUUCUUGCUGGUCUAUGUGUAUACCACCGUUGUCGCUUUGUCAUGUCCGCUCCCUCUGAUACGCGCCACCGAUCAGCUGACCAUGUAUUUCCCGUGUGUCAAAAGGUACUUUCAUA